UGUAACGUAUAUUUCAAUUUUCUUGGUGUCAUUUUACACAUCUAUAUUUUCUCGUGUUAUUUCACAUUAAUAAAACAUGUCUACAGAUGAAUCGAAAGAAGAGAGUCCGAAAGAAGUCGCCGUGAAACAAGAAAUUAAUAAUGAUUUGCCACUUCAAACACUUAGUUAUACGGAUAUAAUGUCGAUUAUUCCGGAAACCGUCCGAAAACGUCUCCGGGCCCUAAAAAACAUUCAAUUGGCGUAUACGAGUCUCGAAGUUCAAUAUUUUCUAGACUUACAUAAUAUUGAAUGUAAAUAUCACGAUAUGCGUAUCGCCUUGUACGAAAAACGGGCCUCCAUUGUCAAAGGUGAUUAUGAGCCUAAUGAAGAAGAAUCGGAUUGGCCUUCAGAUGAUGAAGAGCAAUCAGCUGAAGAGAAAAUCAAGGUGAAAUUACAGGACAAAGAAAUUAAAGGCAUUCCUGAUUUUUGGCUGACAAUUUUUAAUAACGUAGAAAUUUUGAGGGAGAUGAUCCAAGUACACGACGAGCCCAUAUUAAAACAUUUAGUGGACAUAAAACUGAUUAUCAAGAAAGAACCCAUGGGCUUUGUUCUUGAAUUUCAUUUUGCACCUAACGAGUAUUUUACGAAUGCAGUUCUCACUAAAGAAUAUUUCAUGAAAUGUGAAUUAGAAGAUGGAGACCCAUUUAGCUUUGAAGGGCCGGCAAUCUUCAACUGCAAAGGAUGUAAGAUCAGUUGGAAGCCCGAGAAGAAUGUGACGAUUAAAAUUGUGCGCAAGAAACAGAAACACAAAACUCGCGGAGAUGUUCGCACCAUCACUAAACACAUACAGAAUGAUUCAUUCUUUAAUUUCUUUUCGCCGCCGGAAUUACCCGAUAGUACCUCCAAAGACGAAGACAUAGAUGAUGACUUAAGGAAUUCGCUAAAUACUGAUUUCGAAAUAGGUCACUAUAUUAAGGAACGCAUUAUUCCUAGGGCAGUGCUUCACUUUACUGGAGAAGAGGUUGACUAUGAAGAAGACUAUAGGGAAGACGACGAUGAGGACGAUAAUGAUUACGAUGACGAUGAAGAUGAUGGAAUUAGAGAAGAAAACAACAAUAACGACGUGGAUGAACAUGGAGAUUGUAACAAAGAGACGUUGUAAAAUCUGGACCAGACCAGAAUUAAAUCAGUAGUAACGUUCUUUUUAAGAUAUAAUCUCUUAUAGUUUCAAUAAGUUGUUAUUAAUUUGUUAUUAAUGUAAAUUGUGCUAUAUAUUUAUGUAAAUAGAUUUUUUGAUAUAUUUCUAUUUAUAAUUAUAACUACGUAAAAAAUCA